AGUAAUACCAGGCACACUCUGAGCAGAAGUCACACUGACAACCUGAAGCAGCCAGUCCCCUGUCCGGGACACUGAAGGAAGGAGCUGGUAAUCAGUCACUAGCGUGAGCGGUGAGAUCGUGUGAUCGGAGCCACAGACACAACUCUAGUGAGAGACGCCGCCUAAAUCUGUGAGCACUUCCCGGAUUCUCUGAUUUUACCGCAGGAAACUGUCUGGAGAAUUUUCAAUGCACUCCCUCUAUAGAAAGUGCACCUUUCAUUAGGUACCCACGAUGAUCACACACUGACUGUACUUGAAACACACGGUGCCAAUACAACAAGAGGAUCGUCAGUCAGAGCCAAAGAAGUGACCAGCCCUGUGAUCCCAGGAUAGGAACUCCAGCACCCCAACACAUCUGAGCUCUGUGAAAUAUCCCGGGACAGGAGACCGGACAACUCGAUAAAUCCUGGGCCAGUAUCCAGGCACCGUGCUAUAUUGUGGAAUAGGAGCCCAGGCCUCAAAGUAGAUACUGGGACAGAAACGUACAACUGGUGAAGAUUCACCCAACUGCAAUAUACAAGACAGGAGCCCUGACUUCCUGGGAAUUCCAGGAUAAGAACCACCUCUCUGGGAAAGAGCAUACAGAUCCCAGGAAGUACAUUCACCCAGUCAGUGGGAAUGGCGAGUGUUUCAUCAACUGUAAAUAGCUGGUCUGAAAACCUGAAUACUCCACAACUUGUGAGGGAUUUGGGUUUACAGGAUCAUUAUCCUCACAAACUGUCACUGGUGUCCAUGCGGGAGGUAUCCUGGGGUAAACUGGAUGACAACAAACCAACUCGACCAGAAGAUAUUCCUUGGCGAUUUCUCCAAAGGAUCCUCUCAGCUAAUUCACUGGCGAGGAAUCCUGAAUGGCCCCCUGCUCAGUCCUUGGAAGACAAGAAAGAUGAUGUUGAAGAUUUCAACGAUUUCUUUGAAGUGAAAGAGCCAGAGAUUUCUGGGAUUAACCCUCUGGAUAUCAUUGCUGCCAUUUUCCUCUGUGCCGACCAUUCUCUCCAGCAGGAACUGAUGCUGAAGAUGUCUCUGUGCCAACUUGCAUUACCCUUUCUGCUGCCGGAAGGGCCCAGUUAUCCCAGGGACAAGGUGAGGGGACCCAUGGAAGGGCCUGGUGCCACCCUUCUCCUCUGGGCCAUGAGGCCCAUUGUUAAAAUGUGGUGCCCACAAUCUCCCACAGGGAACAGCCCCGUUGUGGAGAUGCCCAUCGUGACAGCAACCGUGCCAACUGUCUCCUUCCUCAGACUCGGAAGGUGCACGGUGUCCAAAUCCAGAGUCCUCAAUCUCACCUUGAGCCAGACCCAGCUGCAGCAGAACAUCUUCCUGCACUCCGGGAUGGAAUGUGGGAAUGUGCCCCGUGGGAUAUCGGAUGGGAUGGCUGAGAUCAGCUGGUAUCUACCUUCUGGGAAGAGCAACAUGGACAUUUUCACGGAGGCUGCUGCAUUCAUCAACCUCCGAGGUGACGCUGAAACUUACCAGGGACACACUCGGUUUUUGGCAAAAGUCUCUGCUGCCCUCUUUAUUUUCAUUGACGUUAUCGGUGAGAAGGAAAGAGAAUUCCUCAUCUCUCUCGCACAGUCACCGGCAAAACUCUUUCUGAUAGUGAACACUAACAUCAGUCAGCAGGUAAAGAAACUGUUCAAAGAUCUGAAGUUACAACCUCAACAAUGCAUUGUUCGGACAAAUGUAAACGAGGCCAAAUUUGUGGAAAAACUUUGUUUUCAGGUAAAACAAGUGAUUCUAAUGAGGGACAGGGACCAGAGCUUCCUGAGUCUGGAACAAAUGGGUGACAUUGCGAGAGAAAGUGGGAUUCAGGUCGAUGAACAUCAGCCUGAAAUACAACGGGCCAAGGACCUGACCAAAAUACUGGGCAUUCUAGACCCUGCAGACAUCACUGGGUAUAAAAAGAGAGUGCUGCCCUUUCAUGGAGAGCCCUGGCAAGGACUGUCUAAAGUUGAGAAAGAGAAGUGUCGGAUGAAACUCCGUGGGGACAGAUCCACAGAGAAGUAUAACCACGAGUUGGACCAAGACAAGAAAAUAAUCCGGGAAGCUCAGCUCAGACAGAGCCUGUCGGAGGAGAUGCGGAUAUUCAUUGACCACCUCACGUGUCCUGGUGGGGAUGACAGGGCCAUUUCUUUGCAGUGGCUGAAGCUGAUGUUGGACAGUAAAUCAAGGGAAAUCAUGGCAGGAUUGCGCAGGGAUUAUAAAGAACUGAGCAAACACUCAAAGCAGAAGGUCAAGGAGCUGAAGGACAUGGAUCAGAAGAUGACUGAUAGUUCCCUGGGACUUGAGCACUUCAUGAGGGAACUGGGCCAGGUUUAUGAACUCUCAGUGACACAACACAACAUCAAGCAACAAACACAGAUCCACCCACAUGUGCUUCAGUUACCGGGUGUUGCUGCUGAACUGUUGCUGGAUGGGUUCCCACUGGAGCUCAUUGAUGGAGACGUCUCCAACGUUCCUGUUUCAUGGAUCACUGCUGUACUGGAAGCAGUGGCCGAGAAGGUGGGACGUGCUUCCCGAGUGUUUGUGCUGACAGUGAUUGGAGUUCAGAGCACAGGCAAGUCCACGCUCCUCAAUACAAUGUUCUGUUUGCGGUUUGCUGUGAGCAGCGGCCGAUGUACUCGAGGGGCCUACAUGCAGCUGAUGAAGGUCACAGGGAGCCUGGCGGAGGAGCUGGGCUGUGACUUCAUCCUGGUCAUUGACACGGAGGGGCUGAGAGCUCCAGAACUUGCAACACUAACAGACAGCUAUGAACACGACAAUGAGCUGGCAACAUUCGUGGUGGGAUUAAGCAACAUAACGUUGGUAAACAUAGGCAUGGAAAACAUCGCAGAGAUGAAAGAUAUUUUACAGAUUGUUGUUCAUUCCUUACUCCGCAUGAAACUGACGGGGAAAAGACCAAAGUGUAUAUUUGUCCACCAGAAUGUUGGAGAUGUGAGUGCACAUGAUCAGAAUUUGAGAGGCCGUCAGAAACUGCUGGAACAGCUGGAUAAGAUGACAGAGGCUGCAGCAAAACUGGAGAAGGUGGAGGGAGUUACGUUCAAUGAUGUGAUUGACUAUGAUGCUGACAAGGACAACUGGUACAUCCCUGGUCUGUGGCAAGGUACACCCCCAAUGGCUGCCGUCAACACUGGCUAUAGUGAACACGUCUUCCAACUGAAGAAAAGUCUCAUUCAAUGUUUACUCAAAGGGAAACUAGAACAAGGAGCUUUCACAAUCCCAGACUUUACCAAAUGGAUGACUGGCCUUUGGGAGCAGGUGAAACAUGAGAAUUUCAUUUUCAGCUUCCAGAACAGUCUAGUCGCAGAGGCUUACAACCAGCUCUCUGUGAAGUACAAGGACUGGGAGUGGGAGCUACACAAAUUCACACACUCCUGGGGAAACAAGGCUGAAAACACAGUAAACAAUGCCAGUGGUGACCUCAACCUACUGCUCCAAACACAAGAACGUGAGAUCAUGAAGGAGAUUAACAAAAGGGAGGGUGAGACUCUGGAUAAACUAAAAGCUCUGUUUGAAAGUGGGGCUGAUAACGUGCAGCUGAUGGAGAAAUACAGGGAGGAAUUCAAGCUCAGUAUCUCCAGUUUAUGCAGACGGCUUCAGAACGAUUCAAUGCAGAGAUGUAAGGAUGCUGUGAACAGACGUGUGGGACUGCAGGGAGUGGAUCUUUUAUUAAAGUGUAAAGGGGUAAAUCAGGUGUUGGGUGACAAGGAACUGCAAACUGCCUUUGGAAAGAUGUGGCAAGACACACUGUCACAGCUGGACUAUCAGCCCUGUAGAGAAAGAAACAUUGAACUGGAGAUUGAAAAUCUUCUCAGAGAGAACCCAGCAACUCAAGGGAGGGUGAUUAAUGAAAUGCUAAAAAGAAAACCUCUCUGUAAUCAGGGAACUCAGUGCUUUCAAAUUGAAGGGAAACACAUCAACACGACAUGGACGAGACGUGCUAAAACAGUCAGUAUGUCCGCCAACCAAUCAGAUGUUAAUCAAGCAGAAAUGAUAACACAGUCCCUCGAGCUUGAAUGCCAUCAAUGGAUCAGUGACAUCACAAAAAUGGACAUGGAUUAUGACAAUAGAUAUUGUAUUGAUCUUUUGAAUAUUAUACAGGAGAAAAUUAACAAUAUUUCACACCCAAACUUCACAAUGAGUGAGGAAUUCAGGGCUGAGUUUAAACUUCACCUGUGUGGUUUCGCUGUACCAAGAUUCCAAGACAUGCAGACGAGGUUCAUCCAGAAACACGACCCGCGGCAAAGACUGGAAAACAUGAAGGGUCAAUACUUUGAUCUCUUCAUUGAUAUUUACACAGAGCAGGAUGAGAACCAGAGACAAGCAGAACGGUUUGCACAAUCUUGUUUCUUGCCAGCUCUCAGAGACGCACUCUCAAGGCUCUCAGUAGUGAACAUCGUAGAUGAUAUGAAACAAAUGACCCUGAGAGCAAGUACAGUCUCCGCAACAACUUCACUGUGGCCCUCCUGGUGCACCUUGAAACAAAGGGGUACAUUUGAUGACUAUCACCGGUAUAUCACUGACCUUGAGAAUUUGGCCAAAGACUGGCUCCAUCACCAGGUUAUUGAACACUGCAAGACACAACGUGAUGGAGAGAGCACGUUUACCCGUCUGGCUAAAGGAAUCCUCACACAGAUCACUGGGAAAGCUAAAAAGAUUGUUGAGGAUGCAGUGAUGCAGAACUUUGCUGGAAAUGUUCAGAGCUUCCUGGACAUGUUUGUUGAAAAGUUAAAGACCAGGAUCUCAAUGCCCAAAGAUGAAAUGAAACUCGUUCUGUUUCACAAUGACGGUGAUGGCAAGAAAUGGGCAGAAGCAGUUCUGCCAUCUAUUGAAGAAGUGGAGCAGAGACUCCUCAGUGAGGUAACAGGCUGGGAUGUCCAAGCAAAGAUUGAAGAAUUAUCCAUUAAACCCAGGGAUGAGAUGUUCAAAGGGUUAUUCAAUUGUACUAAGAAAUGUCCUUUCUGUGGGGUUUUCUGUGAUUCAGAGACCCCGGUACACUUCACAGCACUCUUUGGUCCUCCUCACUCUCAUCGACCGUCGACCUUCGAGGCAUCACCGCCGCCACGAGACUUCACCUCCGCUGAGGCCCUAUCAUUGCGAGGCCUCACCGCUGGCACCACCCCACUUCACGCCUCCGUGGUGCCAAUCCGGACCCCAGCCGCGGGUUUCUACCCCAAGGUCCCGGCCGGGUCCCGACCCGGGCUUCUACGCGGCGAUCCGGGAGGCAUUGAGACCCUGGCGCCCCGAUAA